AUGGAUGAGCCGCCCAUCAACCAUCUCGUUACUCCAUUGGAGAUGAUGGAACCUGGCCUGGCUCUGAAGGGCUACAGCGAAAGAGUUUCUCCCUGCACUGCAGUUUGGGUGCACACCGACAUGCAAAUUCUAACAUUGCAGGCGCAAGGAUCAAGGGAGGAGUACUUGACCCUAACAUCUCUUGAUUGGACAACUGUACAAUCUACAAAAGUACCCAACCAAAGAUGA